AGCCAAAGAUGUCGGCUCGGUCAUGUGAUCAGCUGUGUCCAAUCACAGCUGAUCACAUGGCACUGAUGAUUAGUGUGCCCUGAUGAUCAGUGUGGCCCAAGAAGUGCCACCUGUCAGUGUCCAUCAGUGCCAGCAGUCAGUGCUCAUCAGUGCCACGUGCCAGUGCCCAUCAGUGCCACAUCAAUGCCACAUAUCAGUGCCCAUCUGAGCUGCCUUUCAAUGUCGCCAAUCAGUGCCACCUAUCAGUGCCAGUCAGUGUUGCCUAUCAGUGCGCAUCAGUGCCGCCUAACAGUGCCAGUCAGUGCUGCCUAUCAGUGCCGCCUAUCAGUG